GGCCGUGUGUUCCUUUACAUCAUUCAUACAAGUUCUCCUGUCAGCUUUCUUCUCCAAUCCAUUGUAUUUUGUUUCUGUUCUCACCACUGCACAAAUUAGUAAUUAAUCCUGUGUGUUCAUCAUCUUGUUCUCCUCUUUAAACCGCCUACUUUUGUCAAGUUCAUCAAUUUAUUGUACAUUUCCAUCUCAUCAAUUUAUUGUACAUUUCCAUCUCUGUUUCCUAUUUUCAAUCGGUAUAUCGUAAAUUUAGCCUUUGAUUUAGGAAGAUUCCAGAUUUCAAAACUGUAUAAAUCUCCAACUUCCAUUUUCCUCUGUUCUAAUUUUGCUCUGUUUUUGCCCUUUUUUCUCUGUUCUCAUGGCGCCCCCGAAUGAUCCUGCUAAUCCAGUCCUCAAACGCAGCCGGUCGGGUAGUUUAGAGAAGUGUUUUGAUCUGUCCGAUGGGAAGUUCAGUGUCAGAGGUUUUCCCUUGCUGUCUGAAGUUCCGACUAAUGUCACUUUCUCACCCUUCCCGUCCGUCCGUAAAUCCUCGAACGCUCCACUUCCCCUGCUCCAGCAAGUCCAAUCUCUGUGUCACAGAGGUGGGUUUCUGGGAUUCACCAAAGACACACCCUCUGACAGAAUCAUGAACUCUCUGGGUGGGUUUACCAAUAGGAACUUUCUGAGCAUCUUUAGGUUCAAAACAUGGUGGUCUACCCAAUGGGUAGGAAAAUCUGGAUCUGAUUUGCAAAUGGAAACCCAAUGGGUAGUCUUAGAUGUCCCUGAAAUCAAAUCCUAUGUCAUCAUCAUCCCUGUAAUUGAAGGUGGGUUUAGGUCUGCUUUUUUCCCUGGAGAAAACGGCCAUGUCAUGAUUUGUGCUGAAAGCGGGUCGAGCCGGGUCAUGGCGUCGAGUUUUAAAUCAAUAGCGUAUGUUCAUGUUUCUGAUAACCCUUUCAAUUUGAUGAAAGAAGCGUUUAGUGCUGUUAGGGUUCAUCUGAAUACCUUCAAGCUUUUGGAAGAGAAAAAUGUUCCUUCUCUUGUAGACAAAUUUGGUUGGUGCACUUGGGAUGCGUUUUAUUUGACCGUUGAGCCUGCUGGUGUGUGGCAGGGAGUGAAGGAGUUCACCGACGGCGGUGUUUCGCCAAGGUUCGUUAUCAUUGACGAUGGAUGGCAGAGUAUCAACCGAGAUGACGAGAACCCGAAUGAGGACUCCAAAAACCUCGUUCUGGGUGGGGAGCAGAUGACCGCAAGACUUUACCGGCUGGACGAGGGGGAGAAAUUUAGAAAAUACAGAGGAGGUUCAUUCCUGACUUCCGACGCUCCUCCGUUCAAUUCUCAAAAACCAAAGAUGCUGAUCAGCAAGUGGAUUGAGCUUGAACGCGCCGGGAAGGACCUCAACAAGGCAAUCAAAUUGGGGACAACUGAUGUUUCAAACUUCGAAUUGAAAAUUCAGAAGCUGAAACGAGAAUUGGAUGAGAUAUUCGAGAAACAAGAAAGCGGUGGACUUUCCUGCGGAAGCUGUGCCUGCAAGUCGGAUAGUUCCGGCAUGAAGGCUUUUACACAGGAUUUAAGGACCAAGUUCAAAGGUUUGGAUGAUAUUUGGGUGUGGCACGCCCUCUGCGGCGCUUGGGGCGGUGUUCGGCCUGGAAGCACCCAUUUGGACUCCAAAAUUGUCCCUUGCAAUGUCUCCCCUGGACUUAACGGCACGAUGCAAGAUCUUGCCGUCGAUAAAAUUGUCGAAGCCGGUAUCGGUCUUGUCCAUCCUGAUCAAGCCGGUGAUUUCUAUGACUCUAUGCAUUCCCACCUUGCCAAAUCUGGUGUUACAGGUGUUAAAGUCGAUGUCAUUCAGACCCUUGAGUAUGUUUCUGAAGAUUAUGGAGGCAGAGUUGAACUUGCAAAGGCUUAUUACGAUGGACUGUCAAAAUCCCUGGAAAAGAACUUUAAAGGAACUGGAAUCAUCUCCAGCAUGCAACAGUGUAAUGACUUUUUCUUCCUUGGAACAAAGCAGAUAUCAAUGGGCCGAGUUGGUGAUGAUUUCUGGUUCCAGGAUCCAAAUGGGGAUCCCAUGGGAGUGUACUGGCUACAGGGGGUUCACAUGAUCCACUGUGCCUAUAACAGCUUAUGGAUGAGUCAGAUUAUCCAACCUGACUGGGACAUGUUCCAGUCCGACCACUGCUGUGCCAAGUUCCAUGCCGGAUCACGUGCCAUCUGUGGCGGCCCUGUCUACCUGAGUGACUCACUCGGCGGCCAUGACUUCAAACUCAUUAAGAAGCUUGUGUUCCCUGACGGUACCAUUCCCAAAUGCCAGCGUUUCGCCCUCCCCACCAGAGACUGUCUUUUCGUCAAUCCUCUGUUUGACAAAAAGUCCCUCCUCAAAAUUUGGAACUUCAAUAAGCAUGGAGGUGUAGUUGGAGCAUUCAACUGCCAAGGAGCAGGGUGGGAUCCAAAGGAGCAGAGGAUCUUGGGUCGUCCGGAGUGCUACAAGGCAAUUGCCGGCACUGUUCAUCUGACGGACAUUGAAUGGGACCAGAGCAAGGAAGCCGCUCCGAUGGGCGAGGCAGGGGAGUUCCUGGUCUACCUCAACCAGGCGGAGAAACUUCUCCUGACAACCCGCAAAUCUGACCCAAUUGAAAUCACCAUCCAGCCAUCUUCCUUUGAGCUAUUCAACUUUGUGCCCGUCCAGAAGCUCGGCCGCAUGGCAAAGUUUGCUCCUGUUGGUCUGACCAACAUGUUCAACAAUGUCGGAACAAUUCAAGAAGUGAAUUAUGCUGUGUCCGGAGCUGAGACAAGUGCCAAGAUUAAGGUGAAAGGUGGAGGGAAUUUCUUGGCCUAUUCAAGUGUGUCUCCAAAGAAAUGCUACUUGAAUGAUGCUGAGGCAGAAUUUGAGUGGGUGGCUGAUGGCAAACUUAUCUUGAAAGUUCCAUGGAUUGAAGAAGCUGGUGGUAUUUCAGACGUGGCUUUUCUUUAUUAGAAUUAACUAUGAUUUGAUUUACUAUUGUUAAUGAUGUUUUCUUUUUUUAAGAUUGUUGCCAUGAGCCAUGGCAUCUAAGUGUUUAUGGCUUUGUAAUUGUUGAAAUGUUUGGGAAGAUUUGUAUCCAUCCACCUAUUUAAUUGUUAAUUGAAAUGGAUUUUGUUUUCCUUUGUAAUCGUUUCCCCUUUGUAUGUUGGUUUUCCAAAAAUCAAAUUUUAAUGCUUUA